AUGAAGGAGGUGACGCGCAAGAUGAUGACGGACGUGGCACUCUUCGCCAUGAGCCAGGUCGCCUUCUACUAUGCCUUCAAAUAUGUCAUGUCGUCGCUCGACCCAAAUCGCCAGAAGCGACAAGAUACGAAAAAGGUCGCCGAUGCCAAGCUGGGCAGGCUCGGCCUGCGUGGCAAGGACCUGGAGCUGAACGAAUACGAAGAGCAGAUCUCUGCCGAACUCAUCCUGCCAGAGGACAUUCCCGUCGAUUUUGCGUCGAUCGGUGGACUGGAUGGCAUCAUCUCGUCGCUGCAAGAGAGCGUCAUUGCGCCAUUGUGCUAUCCUGAACUGUUCGCCAAUGCGAGCGGGUUGCUGGGAGCGCCCAAGGGCGUGUUGCUCUACGGACCACCAGGAACGGGCAAGACGAUGCUGGCCAAGGCGCUGGCCAAGGAGAGCGGAGCUACCUUUAUCAACAUGCACGUGUCCACCUUGACCAACAAGUGGUUCGGCGAGUCGAAUAAGCUCGUAGCUGCACUGUUCAGCCUGGCGCGCAAGCUGCAGCCAUCCAUCAUCUUUAUCGACGAGAUCGACAGCUUCCUUCGCGAGCGUGCAACAGGCGACCACGAGGUCACGGGCAUGAUGAAGGCCGAGUUCAUGACGCUGUGGGAUGGAUUGACAUCAUCGACGGAUCGAAUCAUGGUGCUCGGAGCCACGAAUCGACCCAACGACAUCGACUCGGCCAUCCUGCGCAGACUGCCCAAGCGAUAUGCAGUGUCGCUGCCCAGUGCGGCGCAGCGCGAAAAGAUCCUCUCCAUCAUGCUGUCAGCAACAUUGCUGGAUCCCAAGUUCAGCAUGACCGAGCUCGUCAAGCGCACCGAAGGUUACAGCGGUAGCGACCUCAAGGAGCUUUGCCGAAAUGCGGCCAUGAGGCCCGUCCGCGAAUUCUUGCGCAGCAAAGCAGGCCGCGAGUCGGUGGCCGAGCGACGACGUCUGGCGGCAGCUGGCGUGGGCAGCGGCGUGGGCAGCGGCGUGGACAACACACCAGUGGGCGCUCUGACGCCGUCGGAGGGAGAGGUGGUGGCAACGGCUGCGCCCGCUUCCAAGAUCGAGUCGAGGCCACUGCGGAACUCGGACUUUUUUGUGAUUGAUUCGGCGGCGACGCCCGUCAACGGAUCGAGAUCCGGUCCGAUGGCCGUGGACGAAGAUCCGCUCGACUGA